AUGGGACAUUCCAACGAUGAUAGCAAAAAACGCAAAGCGUCGGCAUCUGUUGUCAUUCAUCAAAAUUCUUACGACAACGCCAGUCCUACCAAGAAGAGAAAAGGCGAAGUGCAAGAACAACACGUAGAAGACAUUGACACUUCAAAACCUACCGCCAUCUUCAACCCAACCAAAGGCCGCGACUGGACCGUCACUAUUGCCUUACCCGGUAGCUGGACUCUCAAUGCUAAGAAGCCUGAUCACAAGACCAUUCAAGUUGGACGAAUCGCACGCGCAGCUGCCAUCUAUUGUGUCGAUGAAAUCGUAGUAUUCGACGAUGACCCAAGCAAUGUCGAUGCUAGAGUCGUUGAUCCAAAGUACAUCCGCAAAGGACGCACUAAGCAACAAGUUCUUGACUCCAUCAUGGAACACGACGAAGCUUGGCAGAAUCCAGACCAAUUCCUCUACCACUUGUUGUCUUAUGCUGAGUGCCCUCCUCAUCUAAGGUAUGACGCCGAGGAUCCCCGGAUGAGCAUUUUCAAGGAACAUCAGAAUCUGAAAUGGGUCGGUAAUCUGCCGAGUAUGGAUAUGCCGCAUCAUCUUCGAAGUCACGAGUGGUGUCGGUAUCGCGAAGGCGUACUCGUCGGUCCUGCACCUCCACCCACUUCAUCUACAACCAAGAGCAAGAAAAUAAAGAAGUCUCUGUCAGACGACCAAGAGUACGCAUACGUGAAAUGCGGUCUGCCAUACCCAAUCCGUGUUCCUGUACCCAAAGAAGCCCCUGUUGAACAAGGCAUGCGCACAACCGUCCGCUUUACAAACGCCGAUCAACCGCCCAACUGGCCCCACCUAUCCCAGCAAGAAUGUGACAACCUGGAUGCUACCGCGUGUGCGGCCAGCGUGCCCCGCGAAGAAGGAGGUUACUACUGGGGCUACACAGUCCGACGCGCCCCAUCACUCAGCGCUGUAUUUUCCGAAUGUGAAUACCCAGACGGCUACGACAUGUCCAUUGGAACAUCUGAACGCGGUCAAUCCGUCUACUCGCUCUUCUCCGGCACCAGCAACAAAUCUGAAUCGUCCACAGCAACAACAGCCAAGGCUCCGAAUUCCUUCAAACACCUCCUCAUCGUAUUCGGCGGCCAGGCGGGCAUAGAACCAGCUGUCGCCAAUGACCCUGUUCUCGUGGCAAAGGGACUGGAUAAGUCGAUGGCGAGUGAGCUUUUUGAUGCUUGGGUUAAUUUGGUGCCGAGACAGGGAAGUAGGACGAUUAGAACUGAGGAGGCUGUUACUAUUGGGCUUGCGGCGUUGAAGCCUUGGGUUGAUGAGAUGUAUGAUGAGUAG